UACACUGGAACAAAUUGGAAAUUAGCAACGUUUAUCAGUUGAUUUCAUUUAAAUAGGUUCUGUGGGAUUAAAUCGGUCUGUGGUUGUCUGAACAGCGAGGUUUCUGGAGAAGCGCAGCGCAGCCGCAUGCACGGGCACCUAAUGAAGGUGUGCAAGUAAUAUUUUGAGAGCCUAGUAAGACACCAUGUCUGAAGAGGCAGUUUCAGAAAGUGACCUGGAGCCCAGCCUUAACAGUGAAUUGGAGUAUUUGGACAACGAGGAAGAGGAGGACAAUGAAGACCUGGAGGACGAUGAGGAUGACAAUGAUGGAGACGAUGAAGAUGAUGAUGGUGUCGAACGGCCUGGGAGUUCACAGAGCAGGACGGAAGCCACUCAGGAUGGCAGGGACUCCCCUUCAGCUACCUCCGGAGAGCCGUCCCCCGAGCCUCCGUCCCAGCCCGCGUCCCCAACCUCCCCCAGACCCUCCUCCAGACCUGCCUCUAGCUCUCCGCCUCCGACAGGCCCAGAAAACCCAAGCAAGAGCAAGCCAGCUUCCAGCAAAACAAAGAAACAUAAAUCCUCAAAAUCAUCCAAAUCUUCCAAGUCCUCAAAAGGCUCCAAACUUUCAAAGCUAUCGAAGCCCGUACACAUGAGGAAGAAUAUCAGAAAGAUGCUGAAUGAGGAUCAGUUGGAGGCUGGGACCAAGGCUGCCCAACAGGAGGAGAUGGACCGGCGGAAACGUCUGGAGCAGCAGAGAAAGGACUUCCCUACAGCAGCUGUCCCAGAAGCUCAGCUUGUGGACACUGCUUCAAUUUUAGACGAAGUAUCUCACUUGGUCCCUGCUCUGCUCAGCAAGCAGGAUGUGAUCUGUCUGGACAGCAGUGGUGAUGAGGAUGACAUAAAGGACCCCAUGCUGCCUGCACUUGACAUUAGAGAUGAUAUAAUCGAGCUUAGUUCUGGCGAUGAAGACGCCUUGCAGAUAAGCAGCGAGUCGGCCGAUGAGGAUGCUGAUGGCACCACAGAGGAAAGCAGCGGGGCGCACAUCAAUGACGUUUUGAAUCUGCCUGAUGCCCAGGGUCAAGUGCUGGUAAACAUCAGUCACCCUGCAGAGGAGAAAGACAUUUACCUCGCUCCACAGCUGGCCAAGGCGGUCAAACCUCACCAGGUUGGGGGAAUCCGGUUUCUCUAUGACAACCUCAUUGAGUCCCUGGAGCGGUAUAAAACGAGCAGUGGCUUUGGCUGCAUCCUCGCUCACAGCAUGGGGUUGGGCAAGACACUGCAGGUCAUCUCCUUCACUGACAUCCUACUGAAGAAUACUGAGGCUCACACUGUGCUGUGCAUUGUUCCUGUGAACACACUUCAGAACUGGCUGACAGAGUUUAACCUCUGGCUCCCACCACAAGAAGCUCUUUACCCGGACACUGACCCUGCAGUCAUCACAGGCCGCACCUUCAGAGUCCACAUUCUCAACGAUGAGCACAAAACCACGAUGGCCCGAGCCAAAGUUGUGGAGGACUGGUCUAGAGAGGGAGGGGUGUUGCUGAUGGGUUAUGAGAUGUACCGCCUGCUAUCUAUGAAGAAGAGUUUUGUGACGGGUAAGAAGAGGAAAUCAAAGAAGCCAGCAGGACCAAUCAUCAUCGACCUGGAUGAAGAAGAUAGACAGCAGGAACUCAUGAAAGGUAUUGAAAGGGCCAUAGCGCGGCCUGGCCCAGACGUGGUCAUAUGUGACGAGGGUCAUCGAAUUAAAAACUACCAUGCCAGCACAUCACAGGCCCUGAAGAACAUCCGCUCCCGGCGCAGAGUAGUCCUGACUGGUUACCCAUUGCAGAACAACCUCACUGAAUACUGGUGCAUGGUGGACUUCGUUAGGCCCGACUUUUUGGGAACACGUCAGGAGUUCAGCAACAUGUUUGAGCGGCCCAUUCUUAACGGGCAGUGCAUGGACAGCACACCUCAAGAUGUACGCUUGAUGCGCUACCGCAGCCACGUGCUGCACAGCCUGCUGGAGGGUUUUGUCCAGAGACGAGGUCAUGAUGUGCUCCGAGACCAGCUCCCCUCCAAGGAGGAGCAUGUGAUGUUGGUGCGGCUCUCUCCCAUUCAGAGGGCGCUGUAUAACGAGUUCAUGAAACGCUUCCGAGAAGCAGGGAACAGUGGCUGGCUCGGCCUGAACCCCCUCAAAGCCUUCUGUGUGUGCUGCAAGAUCUGGAAUCACCCAGACGUCCUCUAUGAAGCCCUGCAGAAGGAGAAUCAGGCCAACGAGCAGGACCUGGACCUGGACGACAUCACUUCGGCGAGUAACGCCCGUUGCAAUGCAUCCGGUGCUGGCCUCAAAGCCAAAGUAGCCGACUCAAGCAACAGCAAAGUCAACAACACCCUGCCACUAGUCAAUCACUCUCAGGAAAGAGCCAACCAAGUCAUCACAUAUGAAUGGGCAAAGGGCAUAAUGUCAAACUACUGCACAGGACUUCUGGAGAAUUCUGCCAAGAUGACGCUGCUCUUCCAUUUGAUUGAGGAAAGCGUACAAAAGAGAGACAAGAUCUUAGUCUUCAGUCAAAGUUUGUCCACCCUGACGGUCAUUGAGGAGUUCUUAGCAAAGAGACCCAUGCCAGCAGGCGUCACCCCCCCUGACACCCAGAGGCAAACCUGGGUUCGCAACCUCAAUUACUACAGACUGGAUGGGAGUACAUCUGCCUCAGAAAGAGAGCGCCUUAUAAAUCAAUUCAAUGACCCAGAGAACACCGCAGCAUGGGUCUUCCUACUUUCUACAAGGGCGGGAUGCUUGGGGGUAAAUCUGAUCGGGGCCAACCGUGUCGUUGUGUUUGAUGCCUCCUGGAACCCGUGUCACGAUGCUCAGGCGGUGUGUCGGGUGUACCGCUACGGUCAGAGGAAACCUUGCUUCAUUUACCGCCUCGUCUGUGAUUUCACCUUGGAGAAAAAGAUCUAUGACAGACAAGUCUCCAAACAGGGCAUGUCCGACCGUGUGGUUGACGACCUGAACCCAGUGCUGAACUUCACCCGUAAGGAAGUGGAGUCGCUGCUGCAUUUUGUGGAAGAAGAACCUGAUCAAAGCCCUCAUCACAUGGGGGAUGAGUUUGAAGCUGUGAUGCAAAACGCUUGUCAGCUUUACCCACACCUCAUCUCCAAGCAACCUUUUCAUCACGAAUCUCUGCUGGUGGACCGGAAAGAGUCGAAACUGACCAAAGCAGAGAAGAGAGCGGCCAAGAAGAGCUAUGAGGAUGAGAAACGAGCCUCUGUGCCCUACUCUCGCCCCUCAUACGCCCCUUAUUACCCAACGAGUGAUCAGACACUCACAAACAUACCGGCAUUUACCCAACGCGGCUGGCGUGCCAUGGUGCGGCCGGAUGACAAGCCUGUGGCAAGUGUUAGACCCAUCCAGUCAACCCCAAUUCCCAUGAUGCCCCGCCAGGCCGGCAUGGGCAUGUCUGGCUCCAGCUCUGUGGGCAGCCUGCCUGUCAACUUCUUGCAGAAAGCUGGAGUUUAUGUGCAAAGGAUUACCACCACAACUGAUAUUGUAAUCCCAGGAUCCAACAGCACAACAGACGUUCAAGCUAGAAUUUCUGCAGGAGAGAGCAUCCAUGUGAUCAGAGGAUCAAAAGGUACCUACAUUAGGACAAAUGAUGGAAGGAUUUUUGCUAUUCGAUCUGGAAAAAUCACUAGGCAAGCUGUUGGGGGCUCUGCUGCCUCAAGAGACAUCCAGGGCUCCCAUAUCAAUGCGCUCAGUAACGGCUGUUUGUCGCCUGCGGAUCAUCAGCAGGGCUCUCCCAGCGAGGAUGGGCGGCCGUCCUCUCCCUUGAGCUCGGAGAUCCUCAGAGAGCUCAGCCGCUACACUUCAUCCACAGGAGAUGCCAAUGCCGGCAGUGGGAAUGAGUUACCGUCAGAAAUGUUGGCAUUACCAGCGGGUGAUGAAGGAAGUUCGCAAUACAACCAGAGCGGUGAUCUGAGCAGGCAACUCGGUGAAGACCUCUUGAGCUCCGCUUUAGAGAUGCGUGGCAGCAAGCGCAGAAGCACUGAGAGCCAGGGCAACACACCGAUAGGAGGCAAACGCUCUUCUUCUGCUGCAUCACGUUACCCCGGACUGUCCAUGGGCUCCAGUGGGCUCAGUUUCCCCCCCGGUGGUCUGAACUCCUCCUCCCUGCUGGGGAACAUGGGUCACAUGAAUCACCCUCUUCUAAUGGGUGGUAGUGGAGGGUCUUCAUUCCUUCAGGCUCCAGGACAAACCCUGGCUGACCUACAGACCAUGUUCACCUCUGCAGGCUCGGACCUACUGAGACAGCCGUCCACAGGGAACGGACACCUGCCCACCCCCUCCUCCUCGUCCUCCUCUAUGUCUCCCGUUUACUCCUCUGCUUCGGCCACCAUCCCUAUGUCAUCUACACCCUCGACAGCGACUUCCUCCUCCCUGGCUUCAGGUUCUCUGCCUCCCUACCUGAUGAAUCCCAACAUGGCCGACCUGCUCUCGUCAGGCUUCCCCCUCAACUACAGUCAGUCGCUGCUCUCUGACUCCAGGAUGUUCUCCAGCCCUCUCCUUUCAGGGGGAUUUCAAACGCCCAACUCCAGCUCUAACACAUCCAGUUUCCUCUCCCAUUUCAACAACCCAACUUCCAGCCUUUUGGGGGCAGCUCUCACCCAACCCGACAUACAUCAGAGUACGGAGAACGGCGGCAGUAGUUCUGAUGACGAUGUUAUUGAGGUGACAGGACAGUAGAGACCUAAGAAGCCCUGGAGAUGCAGUUUCACACAUAAAACAGUUUAAUCUUUUAAAGUUUUAAAACUAGAUUGACUGUUAUAGUAUCUACCCGAUUUGUAGGAACUGAUGAUUGAUAGACAGGCGUAUUGGCAUACUCUGAAUAUGUAAUUACAUCAUAAAGAAGACAGAAAGGGAAAUUCCACAAUGAUGACUUAACUGGUCAUCUAGAUUUUAAAUGCACAAAUAAAUACAACUUUUCAGGAACUAAAAAGAUAAUUGUUAAUCCAAAACAACAACUUAGAAUUUGGAAAAGCUUGUGAUAAGUUAAAUGUGUUUCAAGCCCUUUAAAUCAGUUUUACAUAAUCACCAGUGAAGUGAACUGUAAUACCAUUCCUAAUGGUCUCAUGAAACUAUACACAAACACACACACACACACACACAGAUUCUCACCUGCAAGGAGAACUUGUACCUCAAUGACUUUUCGAAGUCAGAGUAACAUCCUUAUGCUGAAUAUCUGGGACUUGUUCAGCUGAAGCAUCAGAGCAGUGGGAUCAGAACUUUGUCGUUUGGGGACCAGCUGAAUCUUUCCGAGGCUUUCUAGCCUCACCUGCUACACUUUAAAGCGAGGCCUCGUCUUUCCUUUAUUUUUAUUUCCCCUGAGUUCAGAACAAGUCGUGAUGAAAACAGUUUCAUGUCCGAUUGCCUCAUGAUAUAUUGCUGUGAAACAGUCUAGUACAAACCAAAAUUUGACUUACUGUUCCACAUGUCAGCAGUACUCACCUGCUGAACACGUAUAAUAACACAAUCAUUUUCUUUCAGCACAGUUUCCUUUCUAGUAAACAAUACUAGAAAGUUAAAAAGUACAAAUAACUCACAAUGGCCACAGAACGUGGGCUUAAUGUUUUUAAAAAUCCUACUAAGCUUACCUUUUAACCCAGAAAUCUUAGGCUCUCUGAGAAUACUUUACUCUUUAGCAAUUUGAUAGGCGUUGUAGCAUCCUCUAUUGAAAGGAUAUUAUGUGUGAUACUAUAACUGAAUAUGUUGAUACUUUGUAUAUAGCAGUCAUUAUCAUUGUUUAUAUUGCAAGUCAAUAAUGUGCAGUGUGUAGAUUUUGGUUGUAGGGAGAGGUUUU